UUUACCAGCCCACUACGACGCGUGACCGUGUUUGCCCAUUAAAGUGCUUGCCGCGACGAGACCUUCUCUUCUUCACCAACCCCUCCACCACACAUCUUGACGACCAACUUUCCCGCAAGAACACAGAAUCACCUCUACGUCUUUCUCUUCCGUCUCUUUUUGAUUUCUGAAGAUACCCCUCUCCUCUUUUUUAUUUGUAGCCACGCACACAUUUCGCCAAGAUGUUGGAAGCCAGACUUGACCAGGCCGAUAUCCUGAAGAAGGUUGUCGAUGCCAUCAAGGACCUCGUUCAGGACUGCAACUUCGACUGCAAUGACUCCGGCAUCAUGCUCCAGGCCAUGGACAACUCGCACGUUGCUCUGGUGUCCAUGGCCCUCAAGGCCGAGGCUUUCUCCCCCUUCCGCUGUGACCGCAACAUCGCGCUCGGCGUCAACCUGGGGUCAUUGACCAAGGUCCUCCGCGCCGCCCAGGGCGACGAUGUCUUGACACUCAAGGCCGAGGACGCGCCCGACAGCCUAAACAUUCUCUUUGAAAGCUCCGAGAACGACCGCAUCAGCGAGUACGACCUCAAGUUGAUGGAUAUUGACCAGGAGCACCUGGGUAUCCCCGAGACGGACUACGCCGCGACGAUCACCAUGCCCAGCAGCGAAUUCAGGCGAAUCUGCGCGGACCUGAUGGCCAUGAGCGAGUCGGUGACGAUCGACGCAAGCAAGGACGGUGUCAAGUUUGCAUGCAACGGCGACAUCGGCAACGGAUCCGUCACCCUGAGAAGCCACACCAACGUCGACAAGCCGGAGCUCAACGUCGACAUUGCUCUGUCGGAGCCCGUCUCCCUGACCUUCUCUCUCAAGUACCUCGUCAACUUCUGCAAGGCUGCCGCUAUCUCCAAGCAGGUCAAGAUCUGCCUGUCUAACGAGGUGCCACUGCUGGUCGAGUACACCCUGGUGGGCCAGAGCCACCUGCGCUUCUACCUGGCGCCGAAGGCAAGUUGACCCACGAUAUCUGAGGCGGGACUAGAACUAACAAAAACCUACAGAUUGGUGAUGAGGAGUAGAGCGGCGAUUGACGAUGGAAUAAAGUUGAAAUUGCGGGCGUUGCACGGGAUGUGGGAUGGGACAAAAGCGCCUGUCCUUUUUACUCUGGAUUGAGUUUUGCAUGUUCUAUAGAAUGUGCGCAAUACGUUGGUAGACGAAAGGCAAAAAAGCACUUUGGGAACCACGAAGGAUAAUGAGAUUAUUGUUUCCGCCUUGACACCCUUCAAGCUUCAUACUUUGAUAUACCGAUAUGCCGAAUUUCUUGGCAUAGGCAUUACGCUGACG